GCGACAUCACUGACGACUCGCAUCUGAAGAGGUAAUAUCAGUGUAUCCAACCUAUGUUUGGCAAACCGCUUACGGCGAGAGAGUCACGGCUGUAGGUAGUCUCGGGGAAGGCUUGUCGAGGAGGACGUUUGGGCCAGAGGGUAUACUCCCUCGAACUGAACAAUGCUGUGGCGAAGAAACCCCGUCCGUCCGCGCACAAGCUGCCAAGCUGGCCACCGGACCGCCCGAUCUCUGGCGUCCGCCUCCGAUGGCUCACCCGGCGACCCCUGGAAAACUUUCCUCGACUGGUUCAUGGAAGCCUCCACGGCCCCACACCACCGCCACCAAUCCCGCCGGCGAUGUGCAUCCAUAAAUAACAGGCGCCACGCCACUCGCCCCGUCGCGAACCCGGGAGCAGACCCAUUCCGGAUGCCUGAGCGCAUGGAUAACGAGAUUCAGGUUUUGUUCCCGAAUGUGGCGGGGCCGGCGCGGAGUCGGAGGAAACAUUCCACGAUACCCACCCCGCCCGGCGUGACGGCUGAGAUUCAGUCGAUGUUGAAUAACCUAGGAUUGGGGGCGGACGCGGUGUUGGAGAAACAUGCGACGGGAUCGGGGGGAGGGUCACAACAACCGCCCCAAGGUUCGCGAGUCCAUCCGGAUCUGCUAAAGAACUACAAUCCCCAUGCACAUAGUGCGAAUUAUACAACGGCGGCGCAGCGGGGUUUCCAUUUCACUGCACGGACGCGCGCCGCCGCCGACGAUUACAGCGAGGCGAUAGACGCGCUGCUGGAAGACAAGAUCGAGACGGAGGCUCCGAUUUUAGGGAGAACAGGAAAACAGCGCGAGAAGCUGCCCGUAGACCGCACCCCCGGCAGCGUCUUCGAGCUCAUCCACCUCCUGCACGAGUACCGCCAGAAGAUCGCCGAGGAAGAAGGGCUGUAUACCCAGGACCUGCACCAAGACCGCUCGGCGAUCUGGCGCACCUUUGAACGAGUCGCAAAAGACGCGCCGGCGGAUCUCGAGCAGCUGCAGAAGUUCGAGUUCAAAGAGAUUUGUACCGUAGCGAAGAUUGCGAGAGUUAGCGCGCCUAGACGGUUGGAACGCGUUAAUCUGCUGCUCAAGUCGAUGUCGGCUCGUGCCGUAACACCGGGGGUGUGGGGUUACGAGGGGUUGAUGUAUGCCCAUAUUGGCACGGAGGGGGCCGUGAAGGAAUGUACGAGGAUAUUGGGGGAGAUGGUGGCGCAGGGUGUUGUGCCGCGAUACCUCACCUACAAGAUUCUGCUGCGUGUACUCAUCGAGGGACAAGGCGUCGAAGCCGCCCGAUCCUGGCUGUUGAAUGAGGUGGAAGGGAAAAUGGACGUGGAGUCGCGGGGAGACAUGGGAACGAGCGUGGAGAAGCUCAAACCCAACCUAUUGCUCUACAACGGGCUCGUCCACGACUACGUCUCCUCCGGUGACAUGACCAGCGCCUGGCAACUGGUCGACUUGAUGCGUGAGAAAGGUCUUUGCCCCAACGUGUACACCUACAUGUUCCUCAUGCACGGGUACGGCAAGCGCGGCGAUCGGGACGAGAUGUUCCGCACCUUCGCGGAGAUGGUCAAGAACGACAUUAAACCUGAUCGCGCGGUCUACGAUACCCUUCUCGCUGGGCUGCUCACUGGCGGGCGUCGGCAGCGUGAUUUUGAACAGGAGGCGGAGACCGGUGUCAGGCCGGAAGACCAGCGCGCGACGACGAGUGUGACACAUCAGCAGCGACAGGCGGCGUCGGAUGACUUGCUGGCGCAGGCGACGGAGGUGUAUGAGGAGAUGAAGGACUCCGGGUUCAAACCGGGGCUCGUGACGUAUAACAUCUUCAUGCACGCGUUUCUGGAACGGAAAGAUCUGGCGAAAGUGCGCGCGUUGUUUGAUGAAAUGACUAUGGCGGGGAUCAACCCGGACGAAUCAACGUACUCGCUCGCAAUCCGCGCGUGUAUCUACGCCCGGAACCUCAAAGGCGUCGACGAGGUCUUCCAGCACAUGCUAAACAGCGGGAUCGAGCCCGACAUCGUCGUCUACGGAAAUGUCAUGACCGCCCACGGGCAGCUGGGCAACCUCGAGAAGAUCCGCUACUACCUCGAAGACAUGCGGCGGCGGCAAUACACGCCCAACUACCACAUCUGGCACAUACUCAUCAACGCCUACUGCCAAGCGCGCGACAUGGACGGCGCCGCGGCCGUCGUCAAAAGAAUGCAGGACAACGGGCAUUUUAUAACCGAGCUGACCUACAACACCUUAAUGCACGGAUACGGUCUCGUCGGCGACCUCGAAGCCGUGCACCGCACCUUCGACGCCAUCAAGCACCUUCGCGUCCGCACGUCCAUCUACUCCUACAACAGCGCCAUCGCCGCCUUUGCACGUAACGGCGACCGCGACGCCGCCAUGCGCGUCUACCUCUCCAUGGUCGAGAAGGGAUACCCGCCCGAUACCGUCACAUUCAACAUCCUGAUCCACAUGGAAGCCUCCCGCCUCGACGCGGCGGGGGCCGGGGACGUCUACCGUAACAUGAUCGCAAGCGGCGUCGAGCCCGAUGAACAGACGUACAUCCCGCUGAUCGAGAUGCAUUCCAUGCGGUACGAUACCGACCGCGCUGCUGCGAUCCAACGCCACAUGCUCGCGUUGGCCCACACGACCGGGUCGAUCCUUUCCCACAACGCGGUCCUCAAAGGCCUCAAACGCCAACGCGACACUGCAAAAGCCGAGCAAGAAUUCGCGUUCGCGACUGAAGUCCACAACGUGGCACCGGAUAUACGCACCUUCGACAUGCUGGUCCGAGUACACGCCUACAAAGGCGACGUCGCAUCCGCGCGCAAAUGGUUCGAAAAGGCAAGGGAGGAGUAUGCGAUUACGCCGGACGUGCAGCUGUGGAACGCGCUGUUGACGGCGUUUGUGCAUGCUGGGGAUCCGGAGGGGGCUUUUGGGAGGUGAGGAGACGCGCGACGGGGAAGAGUGUGAGGAGGGGUGGUGGUGUGAGGGCGGCGAUUCAGAUGAGUUUGCCGGUUGCGGGUGCCGGGGCUGGGCGGCCAGGUUUUGAUGGUGUAGGGGUUGCUGUCGAUCACACGACACCGGAGGCAU